GCAGAAUGGUUCUUCUCAAGGUAUUUGGUGCAUGAAGAAAAAACAAUGAAGAAAACAAAAUUGCACAUCUAUGCAAUUUGGGGUUUGAUUUUUUUCGCAUCUAAGACAAUGUGUGAAAGUGACCCAUGUCUUACGUCAAACCACCACAAUCUUCAUCAUGCGGGAUGGAGAGGAUCAUCAUGUGGGUAUCAGGCCCCAGGCGUGUGCGACAAAAGGAUUGAUUCUCGAUGGUAUUCCGUUAAAGGAAAUGAUGACAAAUCAUAUAGAAAAAUGGUAGAAGGUCCCGUUGACAUGUUUUACUGUGGUGCAAUCAACCCUAUUUCCCUAAAACAUCAAGGUACCCAUCCAACCAUCUCCGAUGGAAUUGUAAAUCGCACAGCUUGUUUAUCGGGAUCAGAGUCUUUUUGUGAGAAAAAUAUUACGAUACAGAUAAAGAAUUGUGGUGGAUUUUAUGUCUACAAGUUGAAAAACACUUCAUCAUGCUCUUCGGCAUAUUGCUUUGGAAUUGGUUUGGAGUGUCCAAAGCCUGAUCCAUGUAAUCCAGAAAACCGUGUAACUCUCACAGUGGGUGAAGAUAGAUCAAAAACGUGCAAAUCAAGUAGCCUUAAAUUGUGUGAUUCGUUUCUGAAAAGCAGUUGGUACCGGAUACAAUACAAAGGAAGGGAUGUAAAAAUGCCAAACGCAUGUGUAGACCAACAUAGCUGCGGCACAACAUUCCCUAUUUGGCUUCAUGGCAGGGAACCCUCCAUAGAGGAUAAGGUUGCCGAUUUAAAAGCGUGUGUUAGUACCGGGAAGGGACAUAAUUGCACUUGUUCAAAGGAAUACAAUAUUCAGGUGAAGAACUGCACAACGUAUUUGGUGUAUAAUCUAAGCAGCACUCAAGGCUGUCCGGAGAGGUAUUGCUUUGGUUCAUCCGGAGAAUGCAAAGUAAAAAAAGAUUCUCAGUCGUCUUCAACUGAUUUUUGGAAAUACGUUUAUGGAAGUGUCGCAGCUGUUUGCUUGACAAUGGUUCUUGGUGGUAUUAUGUAUUUUCUCUACCGAAAAAUACAAAGCAGUCAUUUGAAGGUUGCGGAUGAAACAAAGGACUCCAGAUUAGGAAAGCAAAUAAAGCCAGUUCAUGAAAAUAAAGGAAAGAUGUAGGAAAUAAGUCUCUUCAAAAUGAUUGGACAACUAAGAUGUCAUCUCAGGAUUCAUGAUCCAAAAAUCAAUUCUUUUGAUGAAGAAUAAUCUAUUAACAACUUGUA